AUGUACGUCUGGGCGCUGUCAGGGCAGUCGUACUGCACAGCCCAGUGGACGAGGGGGAAGUCGAGGCCACGGGCGGCGACGUCGGUGCAGAAGAGCACCGCCGACUUGCAGCGACAGAAGGUGAGGAACACCUCCUCGCGCCGGAACUGCUUCAUCUUGCUCGUGAGGCACAUGGAGGGGAUGCGCAUCUUCCUGAGUAUCUUCGAGAAGGCGAGGUACAUGUAG